ACAAGAUCUUGUAAAAGGUUUUUUUCCUUUUGCCUCUUCACUGCCUUUUGAGUACCAAAGCUUUCAUCUAACCCUAGUCUUUCCUUAACUACCCCACGAAACCGUCCGCGUGUAUCGUACCACUCCUUCCGUCUUUCGUUUAACAAAUAUUAGAUUGAUCCUGUUGUGUUUACAUUAUUUGCACUGCUACAAAUUAAACUCGACACUUUCUACUCAAACCCACGAAACUAAACAAACUUCCGUUCUCCUGAUACCCGUCAAUCGAUCCUAUCGUCCUUUCGAAAAGUCUUGAUAAACUUCUGAUUCAAUGUUGUUUUCCAAAACCGCCUCUGUUGCCCUUCUCGCUCUCGCUGGCUUCGCAGCUGCAGAAGACACCACUGUCACUUCCACCAUCACCGUGACUUACACCCUCUUGACCCCAGAAGAGUCUUACAGCGUUGCUGCUGCUUCUCUUGCUUCUGCCGAAUCUGUUGCCUCAGCUGCCUCAGCUGCUUCUGCUGCUUCUGCUGCCUCUGCUGCCUCCGAAGCUUCUGAAGAAUCUGCUGCUUCUGCCGCUUCCGCUGCUUCUGCUGCCUCUGCUGCCUCUGCAGCCUCCGUAGCUUCUGUUUCCUCGGCUUCAGUUGCUUCCGUUGAAGCUGCCGCUUCUGCUGCUUCGGUUGCUUCCGUUGCUUCUGCAGAAUCUGCUGCCGCUGCCGCUGCUGAGUCUUCCAGCUUGGCUGCUUUGACAGCUGAGCCAUCCUCGACUUCAGUUACCUUGAACAACUUCAAGGGAAUCGUAGCUGUCGCCUCUUCCAACUUCACCAACACCUCUACUUCUUCCACCAGCGAGUCGUCUGUCACGUCGUCGGCUUCCAUCACUGGCUACUUCAACUCCACCACCAUCUCGACCACCAAAGCUUAUGCCAACACAACCGUGGUCGCCACUUCUUCUCCUGCUUCAGUUCUUUCUACUUCUGCUGAACCAGUCGCCACCAGAACGACCUCUGCCAUUGCUGGAGCUGCCCAUCUCGCCGGUGAAGCCGGCUUCGCUGUCGGUUUGCUUGGUGUUGUCGCUGCCAUGUUGUUGUGAUCCCUAACUUGAACUUGAAUCUCCUCCUUUUUUUCCUCGUUAAAGAUGUGUCUUCCCUCGAAUUCUCCACUUUGCUGUGGUAGAAUCGAAACCACCACUUUGUUGUGGUAAAAUUCAUACCCGUCACCCUAAGACUGAAAGUUAUACACUGUAUUAUUACUAAACUGGAGAGGAACCGUCCUUAUAGAUUGACUUUAGUCACUAUCACCUUCAAAAGUACCUCACCGUUACGGAUGUCGAUCUACAGCACAACCCCCUUACCCCAAUUCGACAUCACGGCUUCGUCUCCAGUUUCAUACCCUCUUAACUACUUCCUCGAUCGAUAUUUCUUCUGUUCUAAGCAGAGUCUGUUUUCAUUCUUUUUGUCUGUUCAAUUCAAGGUACUUUAUAUUGUUAUUUAUUACUUAUUAUUAAUUUGGCACAUCCUCUCUCGUCAUAGCUAGUUAGAUCCGAUACCCUUGGUUAAGUUAAUCGUUCCUCCAUUCUAACGAAUCUUUAAUUUUUCCGAUUUCAAACUCAAGGGAUGGAUCUGCUACAAUGCAUAAAUACUGUUCACAAUUUUGUAGGAAGUACGAAUACAAUAUCAACUUCGCAAGCUUUUCUACUUAAGUAUAUCAUAGAGAAGUAUGAGUAUAAGAGUAGUAUUGUGAAAGAAUAGAUGGAAGAUC